AAGGGGUUAUUUUGAACCACAAGUAUCUCCAGCACUACCCACGGUUGAGACUCUGGACAUGUCUCUGAACCAGAGUGGGUGGCUAGAGGUCAACUUUAUGUGUUCUAGCUGCAAUCAAUGGGCCACAAAAGAUCUUCAAUCAUCGAUGCAGCCGCGGGUUUGGGCUACCGACCCGAAUCAGCGCUUCAAGGAUCUUUCCGAGGAAUCUACGAUCAGGAAACACGGAUACUAUGGAUACUUUAACUUGGUUAUGUCAGAAGACCUAAUCAAUUCCGAGACGCCCACCACACCGUUGAUAGAUCCGAGCAUCCAUAACCAGCACGACAGCCAGACGGAGAGCCCAGUCCCUUCUUCAAGCUUGUUUGCUUUCCAUGGUGCCUUGCUUGCUGUAUCCAGGAUGGUCAUAUACCCAAGUGGAGUGAUUGCGAUUCGCAGACAAUCCCAAACAUCAUUUUCAACUCACCUCUAUUUCCAGGUUCUAGCAACUAUCGGCUGUCCUUGUAGGUUACAUAUUGGCUAUCCAUGGUAUUAUCCGGACUAACAGGAUUGCUGUCUUGAGUAGCCAACACGGCCUAUUCGGUGUCUUCAUCCUAAUAUUGAUAACUUCACAACUGCUACUCGGAUACACUCACCACAGUGGUUUCAAGGCCGGAAUCGAAAGGCGUAUAACUACAACCGGCCACAUCUGGAUUGGACGGUUCUUGAUUUUGGCUGGA